AUGGAAGCGGACUGCAUCGGCGAGGGAAGAGGUCACUGCAGGAAUGAAUACAUGCGUGGUGAGCAAGUGGAGGUGAAGGAGGGAGACUCCACCAAUCCCGGGCAGGCCACCUGGUCCCACGGCUGGAUUGUGGGACCCACUGCCCCGAGUGGCACAUUGGAGAUGGCGUGGGAGGAGCUGAGGGAGACACCCUGGGUGGCUGCCAGGGCCAGGUCCCGCCAGGGACACGACCACUCGCCGCCUGUCCUACAGCGCCACCACGUGGUCACCAUGGGGGUUGCCGCUGCCCGCCACAGGGCUGCCGGUGUCACGCCGCUCCGACCCGUCCCGCCUGAGGCCCCUCCCCGCGGCACCCGAGCCGGGGCCUUGGUGACCUGGGGGCCAGAGCGGUGGCGAGAAGCCGGGCUUCCCUUGCGAGCAGCGGCGGUCGGCACCGGACGAGCAGGCGGCGUCGGGCACCGGGGACGGACACGCAGCUGGCCCGUCCCAGGAGCCCGGCCGGGGAGGCAGUGGCCUUCCAGCAGCCGAGCCUCCGCCCCGCGGCCGGCGGGGCCCCUUGACCGUGGCUGUCCUGGGGGGCGUUUCCCUGAGCGGUGUGCCCCGCGCGCCCCGGAGCCCUCUGCGUCCCGCGAGCCCCGUGUGCCCUGUGAACCCCCGGAGCCCUCUGCACCCCGUGCGCCCCGCGAGCCCCGCGCGCCCUGGAGCUCUCUGUGCCCCGUGAGCCCCCUGUGCCCCACGCGCCCCGUGCGCCCUGUGAGCCCCCUGUGCCCCGGAGCCCUGUGUGCCCCGUGCGCCCCGGCUUCUCGCAGCAGCAUCAGGAGUGACCACCUUUCGGCCGGAGGGAAGCGGCCUGAGCUGGGAGGCGGCAGCACAGGGGCCGGUGCGGGCGCUGACGGCCGCUCUCGCUCUCGGCAGCAACUGAAGCAGCAGCGUGACAAGCUUCGGCAGUACCAGAAGAGGGUCACGCAGCAGCUGGAGAGGGAGCGGGCCCUGGCGCGGCAGCUGCUGCGGGAUGGCCGGAAGGAACGGGCCAAGCUGCUGCUCAAGAAGAAGCGGUACCGGGAGCAGCUCCUGGACCGAGCGGAGAACCAGAUCAGCAGCCUGGAGGCCAUGGUGCAGAGCAUCGAGUUCACGCAGAUCGAGAUGAAGGUGAUGGAGGGCCUGCAGGUGGGGAACGAGUGUCUCAACAAGAUGCACCAGGUGAUGUCCAUAGAGGAAGUGGAGAGGAUCCUGGACGAGACCCAGGAGGCUGUGGAGUACCAGCGGCAAAUCGAUGAGCUGCUGGCGGGGAGCUUCACGCAGGAGGACGAGGACGCCAUCCUGGAGGAGCUGGACGCCAUCACUCAGGAACAAAUAGAGCUGCCGGACGUUCCCUCGGAGCCCCUUCCAGAAAUAAAACCAGAGAAAGUGUCUGUCCGAGCCAAGUCCAAGCAGCCAGAACUGGUGGCCGCCUCAUAACGGGACUCUCCGCUGCACUCGCAGGGUUUGAGGCCUGCCCACCGGGCCUUGGCCGCGUGCUGGCCCUGAGGGCUCGGGAGGCCGCCCGGGCGGGCUGCUGCGGGCAGCGACAGGUCCAGACCGCUCCGUGGCGGUCCGUCCCUCGGCCUCCACGGCCCAGUGGCCCCGCCCCGCGCUCCGGGCCCAGCCCGCAGGGUUCACACGUGGCUUAUGCUCUUCUGUGGGGAAGGAUGCCCUGGGGCCUGGGCCUUCGCUUCCUCUGCGGUCUUUGCUGCUCACAGAGCUGGCGGGCGAAGGCGCCCACCUUCCUCGGUGUCCUGACGUCCCCCGCGUCCCCGCAGGCUGGACACGGAGGUGCGGAGAGCGUUUCCCGCGCUUCCCGGGCUCUCGGCCCCCGCCUCCCAAGGCCGACCCUGCCACAUGCA